AUGGGAUCUAAUCUCAUCCCCAUCGUAAUCGCGAGCGUCGCCGCCUGGCUAUUCUACCACUUCAUCGUCCACCCUCUCUUCCUCUCCCCGUUGUCUAAUAUCCCUGUUCCGCACUGGUCAUGUCAUAUCUCUCCCCUCUGGAUCCUCUACAUGAGGAAGACCAACUGUCAGAACCGGACCCUUCAUCAAGCGCACAUCAGACACGGCCCGGUUGUGAGGAUAGCCCCAAAUGAGCUGAGCGUCGACGGCUAUGAUGCCCUCAAGACAGUGUACCAAGGGGGGUUCGAAAAGGAUGAGUGGUACUCCAUCUUUGACAACUAUGGCGGCUGCAAAGAUCCCUUGACUGACGACCACCGGAGCGUUCCGUGCAUGUUCUCAACACUCUCCUCAAAACCUCACUCCCUCCGCAAACGCAUGAUCUCAAACGCCUACUCCAAAUCCUUCAUCCAUGCCUCCGAGGCGGCCAAUGCCCAAUCCCGCACCAUUCUCUUCGAGCGCCUUCUGCCCGUUCUCUCGGCGUCGGCGUUUAGUGAACCCCUGAGCGGCGCCGGCAUCGACGUCUUCUCCAUGUUCCUCGCCACCACAAUGGACUUCAUCACGACCUACGUCUUCGGCCUCCGCAACGCCACAGAUUUCAUCCGUGACAAGGCCUACAGAGAUCACUGGCUCCAGCUCUACCUUGCCAGGGCGAACCACGGCUUCUGGCCGCAGGAGCUGCCACGGCUAACGGCACUCUGCGCUAAGGUGACUGGGGGAAGGUGGAAACCGUACCCGGCAUGGGUCGACGAUGCCAACGCCGAAAUCGCCGCGUGGAACAGGAAGCUGUGCGAAGCGGCGGACGAUUCCAUCCGCGGGAGAAGUAACAAAGUUUCGUCUUCCGCAGGUGUUGCUGGGAAACAAGAAGGAGAAGACCCCGUGAACGAACCCGUUGUGUUCCGCGCCCUAGAAGCCGGCAUUGAAAAGGAACGCCUCGCAAACGGCGCAGCCUCCCUCCUCUACCAGACAACAAUUCUCCAAAAAGACCUCUCCAUGGCCUCCGAAGUGAUGGAUCAAGUCCUUGCAGGUCAAGAAACCGCCGGCAUCGCCCUAACAUACCUCGCCUGGCACCUCUCCAAAUCACCCGGCGUCCAACUAUCCCUCCACCAUGAACUCCUCACCCUCUCCCCGUCCCUCGUGAUUGCCCCAGACUCCUCCUUUCCAUCACCCUUCCCGGACCCGAAACAAGUCGACGCCCUGCCCCUCCUCCAUGCCGUCAUAAUGGAGACCCUCCGCCUCCACGCCCCGAUUCCCGGCCCGGAGCCGCGACGAACUCCGCACCACCCACCCUGCCGUCUUGGAGGGUUCCACGUCCCGGGUGGGGUCCGCGUCGCGGCGCUGGGCUACACGCUCCAUCGUAACGUUGAAGUUUUCCCUGACCCGGAGGCCUGGGACCCCACGCGCUGGCUGGAUGAAUCAGGGAUUGGUGAGGAGCGGCGCAGGGAGAUGAUGCGCUAUUUCUGGGCGUUUGGCAGCGGCGGCAGGAUGUGCGUCGGGUCCAACUUUGCCAUGAACGAAAUGAAGCUCAUUGCUGCGGCGAUUUGGACAAACUUCACGACCCACAUCGUGGACGACACGGACAUUGACCAGGACGACACUUACACGGCGAGACCGAAAGCUGAGCGCUUGUUUCUGAGGUUUGAACAUGUAUAG